AUGGUGCGGGGCGGGGCCGUGGGCUGUCCUGGCCUGUCGGAGACAUCCGCUUCCGGGGCCGCGGCCAUCGUGUUCUCCGGGUUGGCAGGCUCGCCGGGCGACACGGAAUACCGGACCCGGGCACCUACGACCGCUAAUUCUCAGUCGCCCUCUUCCUGCAGCCUGCCGCUUGCGCUCUGUUGCUCGCCUCCUGGGCCAGUCAUGUUGGAGCAUCUGAGUUCGCUGCCCACGCAGAUGGACUACAAGGGCCAGAAGCUGGCUGAACAGAUGUUUCAAGGAAUUAUUCUUUUUUCUGCGAUAGUUGGAUUUAUCUACGGGUACGUGGCUGAACAGUUCGGGUGGACUGUCUAUAUAGUUAUGGCUGGAUUUGCAUUUUCAUGUUUGCUGACACUUCCUCCUUGGCCUAUCUAUCGCCGACAUCCUCUCAAGUGGUUACCUGUUCAAGACUCAAGCACAGAAGAUAAGAAACCAGGGGAAAGAAAAAUUAAGAGGCAUGCUAAAAAUAAUUAAUUGGAGUUUUCAUGAUCAGCACCUGCUUUCAUUUCCUGUGAGAUGAGCUAAAUUGCUUUCUACCCAAAAUAUAAGCUAAACCACCUAUGCUCUUACUAAACAGCUGUGUAUAGAUUUAGUUUCACUUCUAACCUGGGGGGGGGGGGUUGACUUAUAGUUCAGACCCUCUCUUCAUAAUAUUCCUCUGAAAUAUGGAACAGAAAACACAAGUAUGUUGUUUCUUUCAGGUAUACAUAAAUAACAGAAUAAAUGCCUCAAAUCUGUAAAAAGAUAGUACAAUUUAACUAUCAAAGUUUUAUAAUUCAUUAUGAGUCAUUAAACCAUAUUAAUGUUUCCAAUUAAAAUGCAUAGU